AUGGGUUAUGAGUGGCCUUCUGAGGUGACUGAGAACAGCAGCUCACAGAGGAAUUCACUGGAAGAUGGAAUCAAACCUGAACAAAGAACCAACUCCACCUCUGGGCUGAGCCCACUGUGUGCAGGGGACCAGGUGGCCCCUGUGAGGACAGCCAAGGCUGAGCGGCGGCACCAGGAGCGGCUGCGGAUGCAGAGCCCUGAGCUUGUGAGUGCUCAGGAGAAGGAGCUUUCCCCAGCAGAACGUCGAGCUCUGGAGGCUGAGAAGAGAGCCAUGUGGAGGGCAGCACGAUCCUCAGCUCUUGAAGACAGUAUUAAACAGUACGAGCAGGAUCUGGCCAGGAAGCUCUACCAGUCCCGGCAGUGGGGAGCUGCUCCCGGGGCCAGGCCAGCUCAGAUGUCUGGCCCAAGGCAGAGUCACGGUGCCUCAAGACUCCUUGGGUCAGGAAACCACUCCAGGAUGAAGUCUCUGGAACAGGAUGCUCUGAAAGCCCAGAUGGUGAUUGCCAAGUCCAAGGAGGGGAAGAAGCGCAGCACGUUGGAGCAGCUGACAGAGUCACCAUCUCCUGCUCCUACCCCCUCCCCAACACCACUGGAAGACUGCAGUCCCAGAAACGUCACUUCUCCAGGAAGGCUGUCCAUGUCUGAAAAGAAGUUUGACUACCGGGAAUUUGCUGCUAUUCCUUCCUCCAAACCCGUUUACGAAAUCCAGUCUCCUGAUGCAGCUGAUGACCUCAGAUAUGGAGAAGACAGAAAUAACUCAGUUCCCCAGGAGCAGGAUGGGCAACCAGAGGAAGAGGAGAUGUUAGUAACCCGGGAUCCAUCCACACCCACCUCAUCAGCACUUGAAGAAAUGGCCCUGUACAGCAGCAAGCGCAAACUCCGACACAGCCGCCGCAGUUUGGAGGCUGCAGUCCCCACGUAGAGGACCCGAAGGACCUGGGUGAUGGGAUUGCCCAGCACGGGGCUUUGGGGCUUCCUUGUGCUCCAGGGACAGCACUGGACUUACCCACACUGCUGCCUCCUGGGCUGGGGAUGGGAACUGAGCAUCCCCAGGGAGCACUGUGGUCACUGAACUUCCUCCAGGCUCUGAACCGCCCUCGUCUCUCACCCGAUGAUGCACUUGGGGCACAUCCCAAAAAUCCAUCCCGGGACAGGAUGAGACUUUCCUGAUGGCAAAGGGAGAGGAGGGGUGGGUAGGACAGUGAGUAGCUGCAGCUUGUUAGCCUGUAAAUAUUGUGUGUGGGGAAAGGGUAGGACAGGGAGAACGUAGGAGUGUGAGUGUUGGGCUCCAGCUGCUGUUUCCUCCACUUGGAUUUCUUUUUAUUGUCUGAUUUUUUUUUUACUGGUUGGUCCGGGAGCUUCUGCUCUGGUGUGAAUCAGGAGGAAGGUCCAAGGCUGCCUUUGCUCCUAUUUAAUUUCCAGUCUUUUGCCAAAAAGCAUCUCCUCCCACCUCCCACACCGUUGGAGGCACUCACGUCUCUGGUGGGAGCGGGUGGAAAGGGGUGGCUUGGAGGCAAAAAAAAAGAAAAAAAAAAGUAAAAAAAGAGAAAAAUUACAGAAAAAAAAAAAAAAGGUAAAAGGACUUUCAGUGAAGUGCCUCCCUCUGACACUGUCACCUCUGUGCUGAGUAAGCAGGAGCCCUGCCAGCUCUGUGCUACUUGAUCUGCUCUGUGUAGGAAACUGCUCCUGCCCAUGUCCUGGGGGCUCCAGGAGGUCCAGGGGGGUCUGUGCCCCCCCUGUGCCCCCCCUGUGCCCCUCCUGUCACCGGGUGGGACACUCACUGAGCACACUGUGCCAUGUCAGAGGCAGCCAGGUACCUGUCCCCUGUCAGCACCAGCACUGAACUGGGGAAACUGAGGCAGGGAGGAGCCGGAGCAGCGUUAGAGCAGCAGUAGGAGCAGAGUAGUUGGGGUUAGGGCAGGAGGUGUAAAGAGAGGAGGUAGUGGGGUAGGAUCCAGGAUAGGGGAAGGGUUGGAAAUGGAGUUGCUGGGGUCAGGUUAGGAGUAAAGGGGGGGUUACAGGUAGGAUACUGUUGGGUGGAUCCACUGUGUAGCCUGCUAGCUGGGAAAUGAAAACGUGACGUUUCGGGGGUGCCCACUCGGGGGGGUUGUUUGAAAGUUAAAAAACAAAAAAGUUCUACUUGGAAGAGCUCUCCAGCAGCCUGGAGGAACUGGAUGGGGCUGGAACCACAGGGUUCAGCUCCUUGUUGGCUGCAGACCCCUUCCCAUGUAGAAGAGGGGACAUCUGUGCUUGCCCAGGCAAGGGGGAAAAAAACAGGAAAAUGAGAAAAAAAGGAGCAGGGAUGUGAUUCCUGGCUGGCAUGAAGGGCUCUGAGCACUCUGCAGACCUGGAGGGGACAGAUGCUGCUCACAGCUCUGACACCAGCCUGGGCUGCCCACUACUGAACUCAAACAUCCCACUGCCUUUUUUUUCCUGUUUUUUUGGUUUUUUGGUUUUUUUAAUGCCUCUAAUAGGGAGAAAGUCAUCUGAGCUGGGCAGAGAUCUGAUCCCUCUGCCCUGGUCCCUGGUGCUCUCUGCUGAACCCCUCAGCAGUGAGGGCAGAGGGGGGAUCUGAAGCCUUGCAGUGGCUUGGGAGUGACAGGCACUGCUGCUUGUACAUUUGCUGAAUGACAGAGCUGGAUGCAGUUUCUUUUUUAGCUGAGAAUCUCCCUUCAUGCCAAAAAAAAAGAAGAAAAAAAAUCCAGUGUCUCAUUUUAACUGACUUUGUAGGUUUUGAUUUUACAGAGCUCUGAAGGGAGGGAACUCCAGUAAUCUCCAGCUGUGGCCUCCAUCAUCAGCAAUCUGAGCUUUUCCUUUUUUAAAAAAAAAAAAAGAAAUCUAAUUUUAGCAUUUGCUUUUUAACAACAGCAAUUUUGGAAACAAUCCUGGAUUGGUUUUGGUGACUAACUUGUGAUUCUUUCUGGGUUUUUUUCCUUUCCCUUUGCGGUACCUGGUGCCAGGCUCUGGGUUCUCUCCCGUUCUCUCCUGAGAGACUCUGAGGGACAAUUAGCGCAUCAAGACUGUAACUAGUGACAUUUGUACAACCAAAGAAAUCUAUUUUGUGGUUCAAGGAUAAUAAAGUUUACUUUACAUUUU